GAGUCCUCGGAAAAGAUUUGUAAACUUCCGGUUGACAACCAUUAAGUAAAGUCAAUAUAAUAAUAUUACGCAGAAGUUAAACAGAGUCGAUCGUUCACUAUUGGCAAUCAUUCUCAUUGACUCAAAUCACUGCUUCAGAGUUGAGGCAUUCCAAUUCCAUGUUCUAAUGGCACUAGCAUAUAGGAGCACUUGUAUGAAUUAGUCCUAGCAUAUAUGGCAAUCAGUAAUAACACAUUGACACACUUUUAAGAAGUGGAUCUGCUGCUACCUCACUACUCCUUUUUCUCUGGCCGCAGAGACUUGCUUAACUGACAGAUAGAUGAUGAUGAUGUCAGCAUUUUGUGCCAGAAGUGAAUCAUAUAACUUGUAUGUUCAAUAAGAUGCAGGGAUUUUCCCACUUACUUAGAUAACAUUUAUCAAGAUCGGAAUACAAGCUGUUAAUUCAUUAUGCCUGUUAGACAAAGCAAAGCUUUAGCUUUGCUACAGAAAGCCAAUAGCCAGCUUAAAGGUGAAAGAGUUCCUUUGAAAAGUAAAGAAGAAGAUGAACUUGCAGUUUACCUGAGUAGUCUUACAAAUAAAAAGCAGCAGCCAAAAGCUGUCAAUUUUGAAGACUAUGGAGAAAUUUCCAUUUCAAGUGGCACUGACCCCAGGAACUCAGUCACUCCAAGAGGUCGUCGUUCUGCCAGCCCAGCAAGUAAACCCACAUCUAGCAAGUUUCUGAAGAAAAAAAAUACACUUCUGACUUCUGAAGAUGAUGUACAGCAGUCAAAAACAAAAUCACUUUCUACUUUUAAAAGCACAAACAUUGCCACAAAUAAACUUGAGGAUAGUUCUUCUGUAAAAUUUCACCAAUAUGCAUCUGUUAGGAGUGAAUCAGAGAGUGAAUCAAAACAAUUGGUAUCUAAAUCUCCAACAAAAAAAAUUCUGAUAACUAAAAAUGGUGAAGAGAAGAAAAAUAACUUUGGAUCCCCUAGUCCCCGACUUCAAUCAAGAAGUUCCUCUGCAGAGAGAAGAAACAAAAAAGGUAAAAAAAAUGAAAUAGUUCGUACCCUUGGUGACGUGUAUUUGAGUUCAGAUGAGGAAAGUUUAGCUGAGUUCAUUCACAACCUGUCUGUCUCUGACUCAACAGCAAAACAACCUCAAAAUUUAGUUGCCAAAAAGCAUCAAAAGUGGCACAAAAAAGUAGUAAAGAGUCCGUCUCCUGUUGAAAGAUCAUCUCCUUUCAAAAGAACUUCAUCACCUUUAAACAAGAAGUCAAGGUCACCAUCACCAUUAAGUAAGAAGUCAAGGUCACCAUCACCUUUGAAUAAGAAGUCUAGGUCACAUUCUUUAGACUCUGACUUAGUGGAUUCCUUUGAUAGUGAGAUAACAGAAGAUGUAAAAGGCAGAAACAAAAGUUUGGAUGAGCUUCAUCAUGUAAAUUUAAAAGAUGUGUCAAGUCUCAAGUCACCUAGCUUUACACCUCAUGGUCAGAAAUCUCCUGUCAAAACAUCUAGUUCAUCAAUAUUCAAAGCUUCCUCUUCAGUUUUUAAAGCAGGCAACAAGGGGAGUAGUAAAGCUUCUCUCAAACAUUCUAAAUCUAAAUCUUCCUCAAAGAACACUGCUUCAAGUAUUUUUGAAAAUUUGGGAAUUCAUUUGGUUGAUGAAUUGAUAUCCGUAGACAAUGCCAGCCAAUCUUUGCAUCUUGAAGUCGAUAUUUCUGAGGAAUCCCAAAUAGAGACAGAAAGAUCAGAUGACAGAAAAAAAGUCUUACCUAGACAGAAGUCGGAGUCUGAGAUACUUACAGAUAUAGGGGGAAAAAUGGCACCACAUGAUCCUGAUAACAAAAAUUCACAAUUUCCAAAAAGUGCUGAAGGAGAUAUGCGUGAGAUGAAGCACAGAAAAGAAAUUGACACUGAUCAAGAAUAUUCUGAUUCUUUUUUAUCUGACUCUGAAUUGAAGUCUGAGACCCAGUCUAAAAGUGUCAGUCAGAUCUCCACACAAAGAUCACACAAAUCUAAAUCUGGAAGAAGAGAUAAAACAUUACAAAAACGAAAACAUCACAAAAUCAUUCUUGAAGAACAGGAAGUGGACUUGACUUCAAAAGAUCAAAGAGGGGACACUCAUCACUGGAACACAAAACAGUCAGGUUUUUUGAUAACUGGACCUUAUGGACUUCAGUAUGUGGAUCCUAAGCCAGUUGCUACCCAUGUAGUCAGUGCAGAUGCUCUUGAAGCCCUAACAGCUUACAGUCCCAACAUGCUGGCUCUACAAGAAAUGAUGAAAGCCCAGUUGGAGCUAGUGCAAAACUUUGUUGCCAUACAGACCAGAAUAUAUCAAUCUUGUAUGGAGGGUUUGAACCACAAUUACAAAUACACCACACUGGAAGAUACUAAAGAGUACAUCCGUCAACAUAGAAAAACGCCCCUGACAUUCAAAGAGGCCCUGCAACUUGUGGAACAAGAGCAAAAUGCUUAACAGAUACAUUUGAAUGCUUUUUUUUGCAUGCUGAUAGCAAGGAUUAGGACUGACAACUGUUUAGUGCUGUUUCAAUAAGCUGCAGCCACAUGUUUGUCCAAAUAUUUAUUUUAAAUAAGCAAUUCUAUGAUUUAAACAAUAAAUUUAAUAAAUAGAUUAGCAAUAUG